CUCCUCCUUCCUCCGCAUCGUCUCCCCUCUCCCCCACCUCGCGCGAUCCCAUCCCGGAUCCCCCUCGUGGGGCGGCUGCCGCUUGCGCUUGGCUACCUAGGGUUAGGAGAUGGGCGGGGCGGUCUCCGGUGGCGGCGCGGCGGCGGAGGGGCCCGGGGCCGCGUACCCGGUGGUGCUCAACGUGUACGACCUCACGCCGCUCAACAACUACCUCCACUGGUGCGGCCUCGGCAUCUUCCACUCCGCCGUCGUGGUCCAUGGAUCAGAGUUCAGUUUUGGAGCUCACGAUCACCCAACAAGUGGUGUUUUUGAGGUGGAACCAAAGUGCUGUCCAGGGUUCAUGUACAGAUGUUCAAUUUUCAUUGGCUAUACAAGUUUGAAUCCCUUAGAAUUUCAAGGCUUCAUUCAGCGAAUGGCUUCAGAAUACAAUGGAGAUACUUAUCACCUCAUUUCCAAAAAUUGUAACCACUUCACAGAUGAUCUCAGCAUCAGAUUGACAGGAAAACCAAUUCCUGGGUGGGUUAAUCGACUUGCAAAGCUAGGUGCCUUUUGCAACUGCCUACUGCCAGAAAGCAUGCGGUUGGAGUCAACUGAGACAAAGCACCUUGCAGACUGUCGUUUCUCUGAUGAUUCACACACAUCCAGCAAUGAGCAUUUUGAAGAUGAUGAUCUUGAAGACAAACACCUGCUUUCACAAUCUUCUGUUUCUGAAGAUGUAAUUGUAAAGGAAGUGCACAGGUAGUCUGAAAGUCAGUCUGCAUGUCUACUCUUAAAGUCGUUUCUUGUUGUAAAAAAUGUGAGUUCUAAGUGAGUGGAUCUUGACUGCCACGUGUUAUCAGUGGCCUGUGCAUAGAAUUUGUUUCAUGUCCAUCGAUUCCAAUGAUUGUUCUUUUGAAGUAAUUAAGUUGACUAUAUCCAUUGUAAUAGAAAUUAUCCAGUUGCCACAUGAAAAAGUUAAAAAGGAGCAGUAACAGGGUAGUUGGCCUACCAUAUCCAUUGCUGUUUGGUUUGGAUAUACUCGGAUAAUGUAUCAUAUUGUUCUCUCGUAGUGCUGCAGGAGGUAUGUAUCAUUGAGAGUUAUGACAGUAAUGGCAGAUUAGCAUGUCAUCCUUCAAACUUUUUGUUGCAA